GUGACGUCCAUCGCCGGCGACGCCAUCCUGGAGACCAAGAUCGCCUCCACCGACAUGGUCCUCGAACUGAAGCGGCAGGUCUGCGAGGCCCGCGGCGUGCCCGUGGCGCAGCAGAGACUGAUCUACUGCGACUCCAAGGCCCUGGUGGACCGCAUGACCUUCGCCCAGCAGGGGGUCUCUGGCAGCGCGACGCUGCUGCUGGUGAGGAUGUCGCUGCCGCAGCUCCUCGAGGCGGCAACGGUGGCCGUCUCCGCCUGCAGCGCCGCCGACCUCGACGCCGCCUGCGGCCCCCACGAGCGGCCGGGGGGGGAGCCGGCCGCGUACCUGGCGGGCGGGGCCGCGGGAGAGGGGCUCUGGACGGCGCCGCGGCUCGUCGGCGGCGCGGCGGUGAAGGAGCGGAUGCUGGAGGCGCUGCACGCGGCCACGCAGCAGCUCCAGGCGGAGACGGGCCCGACAGCCGUUGCGACGGUGCCGCCUCAGGCGAAGGUCAAGGGCGGCAGGCUGUCUCAGAAGCGCGGGGCCGUCGCCGUGCGAGGGAGCAGGCUCGAGGACACCGGGGAGACGUCCUCCGAUCCGAGGUUGGAGAUCUGCACCAAGCCCAUGUCCUUGGACAAGCACGGCGUAAGGAGCCUCAGCGUGCCGCAGGCCAACCUGAGCCUGGCGCGCCGGGCCCUGGACGCGGCCGGGAGCGAGGUCCCCGAUGUGGUGCAGGACUUCGUGCGAGCGAUGGAGUCCUUCUACGCCGAGUUCGUGCCGCAGAAGUUCGAGGCCGCCAUCGCCGCCGCGGCCGCCAGGGAGGCCGAGCAGGCACUCGCGCACGCGGAGGACGUCGCGGAGCUCGCGGGCAGGAUCGUCCAGGUGACGAAUCCGCCGCAGUGCCACGACGCGGAGGGUGUCGUGGCCGUGGCCGGUCUGGCCAGGCAGCAGCUGGAGGCCUUGGCCGCGCGGGGCCUGGCGCUGCCGGCGCUGUACGUGGAGCACGUGCGGCAGGCCAUCGACAGCGCCGGGAUGGCCUUCCUCGACGCGCCCCCGGACGCGGAUCCUGGCGAGCGGCUGAAGUGGUCCGAGGCUGUCGUUGCCAUCCAGCUGGCACCGCUGCCGGAGCUCGGGCAGUGCCUGGCGUCAAUUGCCAGGACCAUCAACGUCGAGCAGCUCGAGGACCACGCGUGCGGCAAGUCCGCGCCCUCGCUCGAGUGCCAGCGCCUGCUCGUGGCUGCGAUCUGGGCCGUGAAGGCCGAGUGCCGGUGCGACUCGAGCUGGGGCGACAUUCGCCAGAUGGUCGGCGAGGGAGCAGGGUCCUUCGUGCAGGUGCUGGUCGACUGGGACCCGGUCCAGAAUUCGUCAGCCGACAGGCUCUGCCGGGCUCGCGAGCUGCUGCUGGGUCUGUGGCGGUGGGCGGCCACGGGCUGCGGGGGCAGCGCCGCCUUGCAGACGCUCUUCGCGUGGGUCUCGCUCGCCGUGGCGUUGCUGCCGAUCUCCGUCGCUGGCCAGCGGCUGCAGCUGGUGCACCAGCGCCUGAGGAGGGGCCUCGCCAAGGUGAGCGAGGCGGCUCCAGAGCAGGCGCAGAAGGCCAGAGAGAAGGCCUGGACCGCCGCGCUGUUCCUCCUGGACUCGCCCGACGAGGAGGCGUGGUGGUGGCUGCAGCUCAUCCGCCCAGCGAGCUCCAGGACCCCCUGGGCGGACGUCGAGGAGGCGGGCGAAGCGGCCGGGCCGCCGGAGGCGGUGGUCGAGUCGGAGGGCCCCGCGCCGGAGCUGGCCGGCGAGGAAGGCGACGGCGGCAAGGCGCCCGCUGUGCAGGCGUUCGCCUUCCGCGGGAGCCUGGAGGAGCAGCACCGCGCCGCGACCAGGAUCCAGGCCGUGAGGCGUGGCCGGCGGGCCCGCAGGCGGGCGAGCCUUGAGCGGAAGUUCCGCGGAACCGAGCACGAGGAG